CUUAACCUGCUCCAUGCAACAGGACACAAAAGACUCAUCUCGUCCUAUUCGUAAUGACUAUCAUUACUUCCUGACAUACCGAACUCGCUGGAGCGAUAAUGAUCAAUACUCACACGUCAACAACGCAAUAUAUUACCACCUGAUCGACUCUGUCGUAAACACUUACCUCGCAGAGCGCUGUGGGUGCCGGCCUUCCGUGCCAUCAUCACCAAACGGAAAUGCAAGAGAAGGUCCACCGAUAGGCCUGGUAGUAUCAUCGUAUUGCAACUUCUUUGCACCGCUUUCGUUUCCAGAGCCUGUCACACUAGGGUUGAGAGUCGUGAAAUUGGGGAAGAGUUCCGUUUCGUAUGAAGUUGGAUUCUUUUCUGGAGCUGAGGACGAGGAGAAGAGGAAUGAAGAACCCAUUUUUACGAAGGCUGUGGGUGGAUAUACGCAUGUCUUUGUUGACAGAGUGCAUAGACGGCCCGUGAAGGAGAUGAAUGCAACAUUGAGGGACGGACUACGAGCGAUCUUAUGGGAGCCUUCUGCAAAAUCAAAGUUAUGAUUUGGAAUACAGUGCAUAUUUUCGGAUAUGAUGACUUUGGUGGUAGGAACGGACGAGAGCACAACCAACAUGGAGUGCAACCAAACCAGUAAACGAAGGAUUCGAUCAUAGCGAAAUACAGCAAGAAUACACAAGCCAGCACUGCACUAUGCCACAUCC